CAUCCAGGCAAAGAACCGAAUCAUUUUGUAAUUGAUUCGAUGUUCUACUUAUAUCCGGUAAUUGAUCCAGUUCGAAUCAUGUAAUGAGUUACAACAAGGCUCAAACUCUAACAUAAUUUAAAGCUUUUACCGUAACCCCUAGCUUUUCAUCCGUCUUCUUCUUAUCUCAAUCCAGGAGAAAAACACAUCAGUUUCGCGGAUAUGAUCUUCCCUAUCAUGUCAAAGAGCAGGAAGCGACCAUGGGCCGAUCUGACUCCCGACGUGCUGAACCUGAUCUACGCCAAGCUCCCUCCAGGCCCCGCCGGCGACAUCGAGUUUCGAUCCGUUUGCAAGAACUGGCGCCGGAUCGACCUCGAGUCCUCCCCUGCCUCCGCCUCGAAAUUCGAGCUGCCGCCGGCAGCGAUGAUUCCUCGUCCUUAUACCCACCUCACAAUCCCCGAUAAUGCUCCGUCGAGAUCGACCGUCAACGGCGCGUUGGUCAUCCACAGCUGGGCGAGCGGGUGGUGUCUUCUGGGACACGACCACCGAAUCUUCGGCUGCUACAAUCCCCUAUUUCCCUGGCCGGCCGGCUUCAUCCGCCUCCCCGAAUCGGAACUCCACUGGGUGAAGGUAAUCGCGGCGUUCUCCGCCCCGCCGACCGGCAGCGACUGGACGAUCCUCCUAGUGGACGGCCUACGCAGCUUCAGGACGCUCCGCCGCGGCCAGCGGCGGUGGCGGGAGUACACUUACCGGGACAAUCGAGAUCGGCUCUGCCAGGGGAUAGGGUACAGGGACCGGAAUUUCUUCUGCCUGUUUGAGGACGGAGACGUCAUGAUGUUCGGGAUCGGCGGCGGCAAGAGGAGGAGGAUUCUGUCAGCUCUGCCUCAUCCGCAGGGACGAUUUCUGCGCAUCGUGGUUGUGGCAGAGUUGCGGGGCGGAAAGGGGUCGCUGGUGGUGAGAUGGGCGGACGAGUUGGGGAGGAUUCGGCUGGUGGAGGUGGAGAAGCGUGCUGCCGAUAGAACGACGGCGGCGGCGGAGAUUGGUCGGGAAUUGUUCCAGUGGAAAGGGGCGGCGGCCGGAAGUGUGGUGUUGGCGACGGAGGAGAAGGGAUUGAUCAUGUCGAGAGCCGUUCACUCUGUUUUGCGUGGUGUAUUGACCGUGUUGAUUGCGGCCGCUUCUUGGAUUUGCUGGUUACUCUGUUGUCCUAUUGACAUCCUUUUAUGGUUACUCUGUUGUUACAUUCCAGAAGUUGCUAGGAGGAUCUUGUCUAGCGACUAGAUAGUAGAUAUUGUUUAAGUGCGCUCACAAAUUCAUAGAAUCAUAGAUCUAGAUCAAUAGCUUACAAAAUUUUCAAGCUAUCAAAAUUUUUUACACAAAAGAUCUAGUUUUGUGGGUGAUCCUAAUCACUUUUUUGCUAUAUUGAAUGUCUAGCUCGAUCUAAUUAUCCAUACAAGACAUCUAAGUGUCGCUUUACUCCAUUAGUGUGUUCCCCAAUAUCUAAUUUGCUUGCGAAACGUCUAGGCGUUGCCUAGCACCUAAGCGUGCCUAACCAUUAGUUUAAGUGCGCUAUUUUUGAACCAUGAACAAAAUUAAGUUGAAGCUGGGAAGACAGGACAAUCCUGUCCUACGCACAUAAUUAUUAGAGAUGGCGCCAAAACAUUAGAAUUUAAAUGAAGUCCGUGUCAAUAAGUAAAACGGUGUCGUCUGGUUUAUUUCACGCCGAGUAUCCUGAAUUUGUUUUUUUGUGUCAAUUACUCAAUUGAGUCUUGAAAGUUGUUAGAAGCUAUUGAGAGUUUUUAGUUUGGUGUAUCAUUGUUGUUCCUGGUUUAUAGGAGAAUGUCGCGAUUAGAGUAUGAUUUUAUUAUUUAGAUGAUCAAUGCUAUCAAAUCAGAGUUGGUUUAAAAGGAAAAAAAUAUGCAACCUGCAUUAAGCAGUCAGAUAGAUGAUCAAUGAUACCAAAUCAAAGCUUCCCGCAUAAAACAACCUUAAUCUCACGAAACCUUAUCCUAUUGGUACGUUUAUCAUAGAGAGAGGAAGAGAGAGAUCUAUCUCGAGAAACAAAUGCACGAGUAGAGAAUGUCUUUAGUGGAAGGGAUAGAGUAAUGUUAUAAAUGAGUAAUUGAUGCAUGCUAUGAUUGAGCUUUAGUAUGCAUAAUGAUAUUCGAGAUUUAUCUUUUACGAUAACGUAUUUUUACUAUUAUGCACCUAUAACUUGAAAAAACCUAAAGUACUCUACUCUUCCUUUAUUUGCUUUAUUUUAUUUGUUAUUCGACUGAAAGCCCUAAAGCGUUUGACUAUCUCGUGUUCCUUAGAAAUCAUAGUAUGAAAAGGCAUAUAUGUUCAAACAACAUAGAACAGGGACUAAAAGUGCAAUUUUACCUAAACGCAAAUCCUCGUUCAGUUCAUAUAAAUUACUGGAGUUAUACAAAGAUGUUCAAUCAAUACUCUCGCUUAUCCUAUUCCAAGCUCCUCAAACGAAAGCGAGAUUGAUGUUUACAUUAACUCAUCAUUUCUACUGCCAAAAUGACAUUUAAAUGAGAGUGCAUAAUUAAGAGAACCAUGAUUGAAUUUUAGUUUGACAUAGCUCUAAAAUGUCUCUUUAUGUUUUAAAUGCUACUGUACAAGAUUAUCAAACCGCAUGUACAAGAUUAUCAAACCGCAUGCUGUCAAGAAGAAGAAAAGUGGAAGAAAAAACGAGAAUUACAGCCCAACAUUACGUGCGCUAUAAAAAACCAACUUAUUACUCGCAGUUACUAAUACAACAUAGGCGCUCUUGCAAACAUACUUUCAGAUCAAGCAGCCAGAGAUUCUGAAGUUGCCUUCCUGCUCUCAAUCAAUUUCGACAGAGCAUUGUCGAUCUCGGUGAAAACCUCUUCUUUUGGCGCAUUCCCUUUGACCUAGAAAUUGAGAAGGACAAUAAGAAACCCAAGUCAGAUGCUCGAAGACUUUUUUUUUAUCAAACACAGAAAGAGUCACAUAUGAAAUGUUAUCCUCCAUUCUCAUGCAAAACCUAUGCCCGAUGAAUACAACUGGUAAAUAUUAAAUAUCACAACAAAGAGUCCACCUUAUCUUUUUCAUAACAAGUCAUGCAUAUUCCUAAGUUCCCUGAGAAACUCUUCAAAGCUAAUCAUGAUAAAUGUAAGUUAAUAUAACUCUCCUUUGUGCAUGAGAUAAAUUGAUGAAUUUCCUCCUAUAGCCUGAUUGCAUUGAGGGUAAGAUGAUAUACCUCAAAUUUUGUCGAAAUGAAAGUGUUGUUCCUAU